UCCAACAAGAGGAAAGAGAACCACCAUCCAUCCACUUCCUGGCAAUGUUUUACGUGCUGCCUGCAGAACAGACAAUUUCGUUUCUGCCGCACGUGACUGCUCUUGUGCAUAUUUUGCGUUGCGCCCUCGCCAAUAGAACAGCCAGCUUCAUAUGCCAACACGAUGCCGCGGCUGCUUCUUGUCUGUUCUGCUAUCUAAAGAAGGUUCCAGGGCAGGAUCCAGAUCCAGAUCGGUCUAAAUGUCAUGGCGGGGAACAAGAGGAAGGCGCCCGAUGAUGCGGCCGAGAUGAACAGCCGGCACGGAGCUUCGACCCGGCUCUCACAGCCUGCGACGGAUAAGGGAUUCACGGCUGGCGAAUCGAAACCUGAUCGAACCGGGCGUCCGCCAUCCCCGGGGGUAUCUGCCGACGGCUACUUCCGCCAGCUAUAUGCAACCGAGCCGGACUUCAGGCAGCUUGCCAGGCGAGACCCUCAAUUUGCCGCCGUUCUCCAGGACAACGGGCAGUUGGACUUCAGCGAUCCGGCAGCCACCAUGCAGCUGACAAAGACUCUACUCCACCUUGACUUUGGCCUGAAGCUCGAUCUGCCUGACGACAGAUUAUGCCCCCCGGUCCCCAAUCGUCACAACUACAUCUUGUGGCUGAAGGAACUGAUGGACUCGACAUCAUAUGAACAUCCUGGGCGGAGUCUGUGCGGGCUUGAUAUUGGCACAGGCGCGAGUUGCAUAUACCCUCUCCUUGGGGUCGCCCAAAGGCCUUGGCGCUUCAUUGCAACAGACAUCGAUGCCAAGAACCUGAGCUAUGCGGAGCGAAAUAUCCGACUCAACGGCCUGCAGGACCGGAUUCGGCUUCUGGAUAGGAAGCCAAAUGACCCCUUGGUACCACUUGACGAUGUGGGCAUCGCCUCCGCGGUCGAUUUUGUCAUGAUGAACCCCCCAUUUUACGCUUCAGAAGAGGACAUGUUAUCGUCGGCAAACAAGAAGGCGCGACCGCCAAUGUCGGCCUGUUCCGGGGCUCCGGUAGAGAUGGUUUGCGACGGGGGCGAGGUGGCACAUGUCGGUCGGUUACUGCGCGAGUCGCUCAUACUGCGGGACCGCAUUCAAUGGUAUACGUCGAUGCUGGGGAAGCUCACCAGCCUCGAGGUUCUCGUUGAGCAGCUCCGCGACCACGCCAUCGAUAAUUACGCCGUCACCGAGUUUGUCCAAGGGAGUAAGACACGCCGGUGGGCGCUGGGGUGGAGCUUUGGGCCCAUGCGGCCGGCCGAGCAUGUGGCACGCGGAAUGAAGGCCAGCUUGUGGAAGAAAAUCCUCCCACCGUCAGUAACGGCGGAGUUGCUGGUGCUGCCGGCCGAUCAAUCGGUUGGUCCAAUUACUUCCCGGGUUCAAGACAUCAUGGGGGCACUGGAGCUGAUGUCUUGGGUGUGGGAACCGGAAGCAGCGAAAGGGGUGGGGAGAACGAGGGAAAAUGUCUGGAGUAGGGCUUGGAGAAGGAAGAAGCUUCGGGAGCAACAGGAAGGAACGAAAAGCAAGGCUCAUUACGAUACGGGUUCAGAGUCAGAAGGAUGCCGGCUCGGGUUCGAAGUUAGAGUAGUAGUCGGGAGGUCGGAUACAAGAGUCAGUCUGCACUGGCGUGAGGGCCAUGACGCCCUCAUCUUUGAGAGUCUUUGCGGCUUUCUACAGCGCAAGCUCAAAGAAUCCGUAGAGUCCAACAAGGAUGACUGAUUUCGCCCUCUUUUCUUUCUUUCUCUUUUCUUUUUUUCUUCUCCGAAGAAGCCUUCACCCACAUGACAACGG